CCGGCCCUGCCCCAGCUCCCGCCCGGCGAAUGGACGCUGCCGCCUUCCCACGCUCCUACGGCCUCGCCGGGCCUGACAGGGGCGCGGCGGAGCCUCCCUCACGCCGCCCGGGCCGCCAUGACGCGACGCGGCGUGGCUGAAGCCCGCUCUACUCCGUGAGCUGCUCGUCGCUGGCAGGAGGCGCUGGGCCUUGAGAGCCGGAGCAGUGAACUGAGAAGUGGCGAGGAACACGCAGUGCGGGGGAGGGGGUGGGAGGCGGCAGAGCCGGUGGUGCUGUUUGUCUGUGAGGCAGCAGGGAGGCGUGGGGUGGGAACUGGCUGGUGGCUGUGGGCUCGCAGGCUGUGCUUCUCUCGGGCCGGGCUCUGCUGCGGCAGGAGAAGGUUGUGCUCUCUUCCUGCUCGGGCCUGCACUUCUCAGGGCCCGGGCUAGGCAACGUGCUGGUAGAGGUGUGCAGGUGUGUGGGGUUUGCAGGGCUUGGUGGUGUCCCCCACAAUGCCGCAGUUAAGAUCUGGGAAGGUGGUCGGGGCUGAGACACUGCUUGCUCUCCGGGCUGCGGAGGUGGGGUGUGAGCUAGGGAAGCAGGUGAUAGUCGAGCUGAGUCCUCAGCUGGUGCCAGAGAGGGAAUCCGAGCAGCCCUCACCUUCACGUUCCCAACCUGCUGCACUCUCUGUAGAUUCCUCUGAGCAGUUGACUUUUCUUCUGUCUGUGCAGAAGGAGCAAGCUAAGAGUAGGCAGAGGCCAGGUGGUAAGAAAAGCAAGGGGAUACAGAGUAGGGUGUCUUCUGAAAGGAAGAAUGAUUAUGCUCUGCAGGUAUCAGACAGUGCUGUGUGUGAAGGUGGGCAAGCAGCCAUAGUGGCGGGAGCAUGUUUGGAAAAGACUGUAGGCAGAGAGACAGGACAAGGUCAGCAGUCGUUUUGCUUAGGAACUGACUUGCGGAAGACAUUGUCAGGCAGCCCAGAAAGACCAAACCUCUCUGGUUUCCAGGAGAAUACGCGACCCUCAGGAAAAAAACGCAAGCAUUCCUAUAUGGAAUUGAAAUUGCAAAUCCCAGCCUUGGAGGAGGAUCUUGAGAGGACAGAGGGGCAUAGUGUUAUUUCCUGUUUGUCAGAACCUGAGGUGCUGCAGCCUAGAAAGGGUGCGUGUAGCACUGAAAUGAAAGGCACUGCCUCUUUAAUGAUACUGAAUCUGCAAAUCCCAGGUCUUAAGAGUUUGGGGACUGAGGAGUCUUUCUUGUCUGAACCAAAACCUCAGGAAGUGGUAGGUAACCCAGAGAGUGUGGAUGGGUGUUCCUUAGAAAGGCUGAAAAAGCCAAAGAAGGGAGGAAAGAGAGACUUGACAAAGAAAGGCAGGCAGUCUUUGGUGAAAUCAGAACUACAAGGGCCAGGACCUGCCCUGUUAGAGCUGUACACACAGUGUGUGGAGUCCAAGGAAAACUCUGCAAGUCUGACAGAGGAAGACUCAUUGCCAUUGCUAUGUGUGCAGGGCUUAAGUGGCCAAGAACAAUCAGAGAUUGGAGGAGAGCAGCGCAAGUGUUGCAUCCUAGAACAUCAGCUGAGCUCAGACCUUCAGAAAGGAGCAGAUAGCAAGCAGGAAUGUGCAAAGAAAAAACAGAAAAAAAAUAAACAAAGCUCAGGUAUACAAGCUGUGAAGAAGUGUAAGGCAAAUCUAAUGAGAUCAGAAAAUCCCUGCGAAAAGGAAUCUCACUUCUUGGAAUCUCCUGCAGUUGAUGCAUUAAGUGGGACACAAAGCAAUAUUUUUCUGUGUCAUCCUGAAGCUAAAAAGUCUGGUGUACAGUUUAAAAAAAGGAAACCCAGAACUGAUUCUAUCACAUGCUUGCAGAAUCUUAGCCUAACUGCAGCUGAAAAAGUGAUGAAUGCAGAACAUGAUGAUACAGAGAAUAGUGGAAACAGCCUAAACAGCUGUAACAACUUGCUUGAUGUAACAAGAAAGAAUCCAUUUGUAAGACUGGAGGCCUGUAGUUGCAUCAAUACAUUGGUAAAAUCUUCAGUGAAUGGAGGUAUCAGCACCUUUAAUGUAAGAGGAUGCUUCCAUAAAGCCCAGGAUGAGAGGAAUUCCAGUAGUCCUGGUGAUAAAGAACAGAGUGAUAUAAAUUGCAGCACUAAUAGAAUGCAAAAUGAGAGAUCACUCAUAAAAGAUAGGUUAGUGUUUAAUAAAGAAGUAAAAGCUCAGCAUAAAGGGCAUUUUUUGUGCAACCAGAGUAAAAACAGUAAGUUCUCAAGUGAAAAAAAAUGUAAUGCUGUUAGAAAGAGUAGAAAAAAGAUGAAAAUCACUGAGAUGUCAGCCAUGCAGACUGUUUUCCCAAAUGUCAGUAAUGAAUGCAGUAAGUGUGAGUUACCAGCAGAAGCUGCAGUUGCCUCUUCAGACUCCUCUGCAACCUUAGGACUAAAUAAUAAAGAAACAGCUCUGUCAGAUUGUGCAUCUCAUCUAAGUACAGAAAGCAGUACUUGUGAAGCACAAAAGAGUAGAAAGAAUAGGAGAAAGAAGAGUACUAAAUUACUUGCAUUUGAAGAUGGCUGUGAGAAGACAUCUGAUCUGUCUACAGUAGCAGAAAGAGAAGGUUCAAACACUGUGGCAUCACAGUGCUAUUCUCCUACUUCGGGUAGCCCGAGAGCACUAACUCAUGCUCGUAAUCUUUCUAAUCAUCACAGCAGCAUGAUGGAUGAAAAAUUAAAUAAAGUUAAGAAGAAUUUGCAGCAGUUUACCUGUCAAAGAGCAAUACCUAUGACUGGCAUACAUGUUUGGCCUAUUGAAUCUUGUGCCAGGACUUCUGGAUGGGUCCCUGAAAGUCGUUGGUCUGUCUCAGAAGGAAAACUAAUUUUAAGUCCAGUCUUUGCAGAGUCCUCUGAUGAAAGCAGUGUCAAAACUAUAGGAAACAGUUCUGUGGCAGGGAAUUCGAGACAGUUGGUUUUGCAUACAUCAGUGGCAGAAGUUAACAAAGAACCUGCACAUAAAAUAAUGGAUCUAAGUGCUGACUGUCUAACUUCAGUUGAAAUCUCAGAAUCCUCUUCUGUGGGUAUUUAUGAGACUUGUAGAAUGAGCAAUGAAAAUGUGGAAUCACCAGUUAAUAUGGUUAAAAGUGCUGUGUCUUUUAACCCUGAUGAUAUGCAAGAAAAUAAAGCAACCUCAAAUUUUACAAGUGCAAAAGAUAAAGGAACUGAAACAAAGAGAAACCCGUCUGUGGCAGACCAGAAUAGUGCGUCUAAAGGAAAACAAAGCAGAGUCAACUUAGACCAUAAAGCAGCAGUUGUGAACCAGAUGCUUUCUGAAUUAGAACAACCAACAGUACUGAACACCAAAAACCUGACAAAUUUCAAAAUACCUUUACGCAGAAACAAACCUGAACCUGGGACAUUGGAACCUGUCAGUUCAUUUGAGAGUAAAACCUGUAGUCUACCAGAGCUUGAUAGCACUAGUGUUUCAGGAAGUCAGAAAAGAGAUGAGAAGACUACCUUUGUGAAGGUGAAGCAGCAGCCUCUUCCUGUAGUAAGUGAUGCUGUAUCUUCAGCUUCCAGGAAGAAAGAAGCUGAUGAGGUCAACAGUAAGGACUUUCGGCACAGUGGCUCUGAAAAGCUUUCAGAUGAGAUGUCCACACUCCCCGAUCCUGUCUUUUUAUACCCAUGUCCUCUUGAGAGACAGAUAAAAUCAUCUUCACCUGACUUCUGUGGUACUGAUUUUGUAUGGAAAUCAGAGGUUUCCUGUCAUUCAGGGGACGCAGUUGACCACAGUGUUGCAUUAGAAAUACAUGAUGAUAGCAAAUCAAAAGUCAAUCUUCCACAACACAAAAGUGAAAGGUUUCCAGAUGUUCUUGAAGCAUACAACAAAGAUGUUCUUGUCAUUGAUGUGAUCCAGGAUGACCCUGAUCUUUUUGGAACCAGUGGUGAAGAAGAGUUUACAGUCACAGACAGUGAAAAUUGUCCUGCAAAGGCAUGCUGUUCUAGCAUCUUCAUUAAAGAGGAAAAGCAAUAUCCCGAGUGUGCUGAUACUUCAGAAAACAGUCAUUCAGUAAAUGGUAAUUUUAGAGACAUUAAUAUACAAGAAUCUGGAAAGUUGAAUGAUGCUGAAAAUUCAUGGGAUUUGAUGCUAAAAGCUUCAGAUAUUAAAACCCACAAUUCCUCCAGUGGAAACAGUCCUAUGCGAAGUUUUACUGAGGACUCUUUUGAAGAUGGACAACUAACAGAACUGGAUGAACUUCUAAAGAGUUUUGAACUAGAUGAAAAGUUCAAGUUUGCACAUGGAGUGGCUGCUGUGGAACCAAGAGAAAAAAGCGAAGCUGGAAAAAGUGACUGUAAAUACAGAGAUCUUGUGAGCUGUGAACUGCUCUCAGAAAUGCCAUUGCAUGCCCCGAACGUGAGCGACUUCAGUGAAAGUAUGGUGCAGAAACCCUGGAAGAAUGAUGAUAGAUUCUCAGGAAGAAGUCUUUCACUGCCCCUGCAAACUUACGGAGAUUCUGAGACAGGGAAGACAGACAAAAAUAUAAAAGCUUCCCAUUCAGUCCAGCAGCUCCUGGAGAUGAUUAACCUGCCCCGUAGAUACUGCAGAUUUUAUUUUGUGACUUUGCGUGGCUGUGAAAGAUCAAAAUGUUGGUUUUGGCAUGUUCCUAAACCAGGGCAUGAAAAGAUUUGCAUGGCAAUACUUAAGACAUACAUUAGUAUCAAUGAAUCAGGCCUUCUGAAACGUGCAGUCCAAAUAUUUGUCAGGUAUUACAGAGAAGUUGCCCGUGGUGAGAAUUUUGAUUUUCAAGUGCUGAAUGAUCUUCUCAUUUGUUUGCUCAACAAAAGUUUGUUGCAAGAAUUAUUCCAGAUGUUGAAUGUAACUGCACAGAUUAAUACACUACCAGCUUUAGAAGUUCUUCUGAGAGUUUUUGAAUGUGUGGCUUCUUUGAAUGUAAGAGAUGCUGUUCCUACACUGAUCAGUGCCUUUUGUAAGCUUGUUGAUGCUGGUAUGUUUCUUGAGUAUGAACAUUUUAACUACAUAAUUAAACUCCUUCACCAAUUGGAAGUUCCAAGCCAGGAAAUAGAUAUUGUUCUGAACAUAAAAUCCAGAUUUCAGGAGAUGCAUUUUAAAAGCGACUGGCUUUUUGACUUUAAUUUGGUAAUGGCAGAAAUUCAGCAUUGCAAGGAAAAGAAUGAUUGGGCCAAGUUGGCAGCUUUGUAUGUUAAUGCAAGAGCUACAUGUGAAAAUUCUGAUGAUCUUCAGAAAUUGUCUUUAUGUAUUACUGAAAUACUAACAAAAGAUUCUGAGAAAGACAGACCAGGAGUUCCUUUUUGUGAUUUUGCUGAUGCAGUAAUAAAAAAUUCCCAGUGUAAUGAAGCAGACAGAAUUUUCAUUGGAAGGGCUGGGAUAAAUGUAAUGAAUUCUUAUCGCAGAGUACUGCAGUGGAUAAAGGGAAGGAAGGUUCUGGAUAAAUUGCAAGAACUACGGAUACAUUUUACAGUUCUGAAAGGAGUUACUGGGGCAGAGAGAUCAGCAUCAAGAUGUCAAAUUGUUAAUAAUGCGGCAGAAAUUUUUCUUGAAACAGAAAGUUUAGAUGGAGCAACGUGGGUGUUGAGAGAGUCAGAGUGGAUCACCAAUGCACCACUGUGGCCCUGCACUGAAAAUGACAUCGUGGAGCGACAUAACCUGUUAUUUUCACUAAUGCACAAAUACAUGAGGCAGAAUUUCUACAGGCAGGCGUUUGAAGUUCUGCAGAACUUGCCGGGUUUCCAAAUUGGUUGCGAUACUGUAGACGUUUCUCAGUACAGCCACGUUUUUAACAAGCUGUUAAGUGCCUGUUAUGAGAGCAAGAACCUUGGGGUCUUGUCUUCUGCAGUAGACUUCAUGCUUUCAAAAAAUAUUGCUGUUGAUUUUUUCUUACUUAGAGGAUUAAUCACAGGCUUGGGAAGAAGUUGUUUGUGGAGUAAAGCUCGAACCUACUACAAAACUGCUUUAUCAUUGGGUUGCUACCCACCACUGCAGGGAAAUCUACGUCACAAAAUAUUGCCCAUUCCUUUUUAUGUGUCUGAGGUUGAGAUGCUGUUGGCCAUUGAAUUAUUCCUCGUUUCAAAUGCCAGUGCUAUUCAAAGUCCAGGAGCUACUACUCAGACUUUUCAAAUAAUACUGAAAAGAUGUGAAGACCAGGCAGUUAAGAAUAGCAGUGACUAUCAAGCAGGAAGGGAGAAACUCAUCCAGGCUGCUCGUACAUCUGAUCCAAAGCUUUUUCUUCGGCAUAUGACCGUGAACGUUAAUAUGGAAGAAGUGUACAGCUUGGAGCUCACAUCUGCUCUAAAAUGGCUUAAGGAGAAUAUGAAAUGGGCAGGGAAGGUCUGGCUGUUUCAGUAGUCAUUAAUUGCUAGAGUCUUUUGAGGGUUAGUGCUUAAAGCAAUCAUUGUUACAAAUAAUAAAAAGUACUAAAGGCAGUUACCACUGUGUUCAGACUGUGCCUUACCAACUUAGAGCAAGGCUUCAAAACUCAGUUGUACUUUUAAAUACUUAUAUUGAUGAUAAUGCAGACGGUAAGAAAGAGAGUAAUUUUUUUUCCCAGCUGUCUGGAUUGUGAUACCAGUUUACAUAGAUGUUUUUGAUGGCAUCACUGGUGAUAAAAAAGCUGCAUCUUUAGAACCUUCACUCUCCUUUUUUAUGGAGAUUCUCAGACUUUGGUUGAGUGUUUCUACUUCUAUUAAGUGAAGGGUUUUCCACAUUGCUUCAUAGUUUGUAGAAACAAUAUGUUUUCUUUUCUUUUGUUUAUAUGGUUUUGUGAGGAUGUUGUCCCAUCCAUGUGCCCCGUAGACCUUCAAUGUCUUAUUCCAAAAGCCCAUUAAAAAGUAGUGAAAAUGAAAUGACCUGAAAAUCAUUUACCACAUUAGACAUGCCUGACUUAGGAUACCUUUCUUUUGCAGAAUGGUGAGUCUACCUGAGUUGCUUUUAGCUGAAGGUUUAGUUGUGUCUUGAUAAUAGCAUCUGUUUGGCUUCCCGUUUGUAUAGCUGUGCCCUUUCACUGAAAAAGAAAACUCACUUCUCCCUUGAUGGUGCUCUUAGAGGCAAGUGUUUUUUUGCCUUCACCUCUGACAACUAAUUUUACCAUUUUUUAGUUUCUGCCAACUGUAUGAUGAGAUGGAGGCUUCUAGCAAGCUGGUUCUGGCAUUCCUGUUACUCCAGGAGCUCAUUUUUCCACCUGUAAUUCCUGAAUCAUAUCUAGGACAUGAAUUGUUUCAGUCAGAGUUCACUUACUAAUGCAGCCUCAUAAAAAGGACUAAAUGGCAAAUUGAUGGCACUUUUGUUAAAGCUGAAAUUUGUCCAAGCUUUCCACUUUUGUAGUGUCCAGAAUCAAAUUUCACAAACACGACAGUACAGCUUUUGGUCUGCUUUCCAUCCCCAUUGGAGAUCUUUUGUGCUGAGAAUUUCUGCUCGUUUUCAUAUGGAAGCUUACAGGUUUUGAAGCCUGUUCUGUCCUAAGUGACAGUCAGUAUGAUGGCAUUAAGCCCACAGUGCUUUAGAAGUCUUCCCCUCCUUUGAGGCAGCAUGAGUCUCUUCUCAGUUCUAGCAGCAUUAAUGUAGGUGUCCUUUGUCUGAAUUGGGAAAGUCAUCAUGAUCUUUGUGCAGGAUGGUUGUUGAGGAUUUUGGAGUGGGGUUGAUGUAUUUUUGUUUGGAGGAGAGAGCUUGGCAGCAUAUUCUUCUUUUGCAGAGAUCUCGCUUGCCUUCCUUCUUAAAACAAAAAGUUAGAUUCAGUGCUAACAAUCAGAUGACAUUUCUUGAAAGCCUCAUACCUCUAAAUUUCUGUUGAGGAACAAUUGACACUUAAUUCAACUUGUCUUUGAGUUCUGCCAUUUGGUGAUUUCAACAAACUAAACAAGCAGUGUAGUCAGCAGUGAGAAACGAAGUCAUUUCUGCUAAUUUCUGUUUAGUGAAAUCCUUUGUAGCUUAAUCCUGCUUGGAAUUAGACAGAAACUAUCUGAACCUCAGCUAAAUCCCCCAUUUCUGUAAGUAGUGCCAGAUGUGACUAAUACUAUGUUUGAGAGAUGCAGAAGGACAAAAUACUCCUAGUAAUCUUUACAGAUUCAAAGCUUGUGAUGUUUUAGAGACAGCAUUAUUUUUCCAUUAUAAGUAACCCUGAAUUUUUGCUUAGAUCAUCCCCAGGAAAAAAAAAAAAAAAAGGAAAAUAAAGUUGUUCUGUAUUUCGGAGGUUAGUCAUUGACAUUGUAGCUUAGCUUGGAACUGUGGAAAGUUUAUGCAGUGUUUUGUCUCCAUCUUCUGAGUAUCAUCUUCAGCUGAUGUGAUGCAAUCUCAGUCAUGUCUUAUAUUAACAGGCAAAGUGAGCUCCCUUCAUCAUUGCUCAGAAGUUAAGAAGAUGUAACUGAUGCAUCAGAAUCCAGCUUUCUGUCAGGACUGGCUUUUUCUCUGUCACCAAGAUAAACAAGUAGGCAAUGUAAAGAGGUUUAUUAUAAGGCUUAUACUUCACACUUUUUGAUUCCACUCGGAAUACUGGACAUAUCUGGUCUUUUUGAUGUGUAUAAGAACUUCAGAAAGGUUUAUUGAUCAACAUUCUCAGUAGCAUUUUGGCAGCAGAAACUCCAUUGCUAAGUUAAUGGGUGAGCAAAACUCCAGUGCGGAAUGGAAACAGGCCUGAAAGGAUGAGGAAAUGUUCCAAAGGAUAAAGUUAUUUACAACAAAAAUGAUACAGUUUUGCCAAGUCAGCUACAAUAGACAGUACCCAUGUCUUUUCUUUUCCCCAGGUAUAAGUUACUUUCUUAGUAGAUGAAAGAACCUCUGUGUUAGAAAUAAAACAACUGCUUUAUUAGAUUUUUUCCCCCAUGUAGGAGACAAGAUGUACGCCUGUUUGAAGAUGGAGAGAGAAAAAUUGGGGAAAAAAAUCCUAUGCUGCACUUAGUAUCUACAUCUAGAAAAGCUGUGCUUCUGCACUGCUUUUUUAGUGAAAACACAAGAAAUGUCUUUCUCUGUGGAAAUCUUUCUUCAGUUUUCACUGAUUACAGUGUAUAUUUUUGGAACUAUUACUUUUGCAGGUAUGGACAGUUUCUUAUGACUAAAACAGAAUAAUGUCGUUUGGAAGACUUGGAACAGUUUUGUUUCAAAGCAUUGAUAGUUUUGAGGAUAUUUCAAAACCCACAUCUUUGAUGGAAGAAGCGAGAAGUUGGAAAUAGAACUUGUUGGUUUAUACGAUGUUUCAUAUUGUAGAAGAAGAGGGGAGGGAGGGUCAUUUUGGAGUUGUUAAGAAGUUAAUAAAUGUUUUAAUCUUUGUG